UAAAUAAGAUUGGCAAUUAAUAAAUAAAAAAGCAUAUAGCAUAUUGCACCAUCUGGCUAAACGUGAAAUUUUUCGGGUAUGCGUCAAGCCUCCAAGGAGCAGUCGGACUUAUACUUCACACAGUUGGAGCCACAGUUCGCAGCAAUUGGGCUCAACAAGAAUGACGCAAAAGCAGCUCUUAUCAAAGAAUACACAGAUUCCAAUAAGCGCAAAUUCAGCAAGCACCUACACUAAGAGCAUGCAAAUGCAGGAGCCCAAAUUUCCGACGAAGGCAUAAAGCACUUUGAUUGUAUCGAUUGUUGACGACGACUCGGCUAGAGUCUCUCUCCAAGCCGACAAUAUAUUGGAAGCCCAGCGCCUCUCAACGAUAAGAUGACCUGGACGGAGCUGUUGUCUAAUCUUUCCACAAAUCCAUACUUUGGUGCGGGUUUCGGUUUAUUUGGAGUUGGUGCCAGCGCAGCAAUCCUUAGAAAAGGUCUACAAGGAGCCUCAAUAUUAUUUCGCCGACAUUUAAUGAUUACAUUAGAAGUACCAUGUAGAGAUAAGUCGUAUCAGUGGCUAUUAAAAUGGAUAACCGUUAAGGGAGCUAAAAAAACCCAGCAUUUAAGUGUAGAAACAUCUUUUUUACAAAACGACAACGGCCAGGUUAAAACAAGCUACCAUUUUAUUCCUAGUCUUGGAAAACACGUAUUUCGGUACAAAAAUAAUUGGAUUCAAGUUGAGAGGACGAGAGAACAGCAAACAUUAGAUAUACAAAUGGGUGUUCCUUGGGAAUCCGUAACAUUAACAGCGUUUGGUAACAAUAAGCAAAUAUAUUUCGAUAUUCUAGAAGAAGCGCGUCAACUAGCAUUAGAGGCUACAGAAGGAAAAACACUCAUGUAUACAGCUAUGGGUUCUGAAUGGAGACCAUUUGGGCAUCCUCGAAGACGUAGACCUACGACUUCAGUUGUGUUAGACCUUGGGAUAUCCGAAAGAAUAAUUGCUGAUUGCAAUGAUUUCAUUUCAAAUUCAUUGUGGUAUACAAAUCGUGGAAUUCCUUACCGUAGGGGGUACUUGUUAUAUGGACCACCAGGAUGUGGUAAAUCAAGUUUUAUUACUGCCCUGGCGGGAGAGUUAGAAUAUGGAAUCUGUUUGCUUAAUUUAUCAGAAAGAGGGCUUACAGAUGAUAGAUUAAAUCAUCUUUUAAAUGUAGCUCCAGAACAAACAAUAAUAUUACUUGAAGACAUUGAUGCUGCCUUUGUCUCUCGAGAAUCUACAUUACAACAAAAAUCUGCAUAUGAUGGUUUAAACAGGAUAACAUUUAGCGGAUUGCUAAACUGCCUAGAUGGCGUUGCGUCUACCGAAGCGCGCAUCGUUUUUAUGACGACUAAUUACAUAGAUCGUUUAGAUCCCGCAUUAAUUCGACCUGGUCGAAUAGAUUUAAAAGAAUAUAUAGGAUAUUGCAGCCAAUAUCAACUUGAAGAAAUGUUUAAAAACUUUUUUGGUGAAAAUGAAAUUUUAAAAUCUGUAGAAUUUGCUCAAAAACUUAUCGCUUCAUCUCGUGCAGUUAGUCCAGCUCAAGUACAAGGUUUUUUCAUGAAACAUAAAUCUUCCUCUCCACAACAUGUAGUUAACUGUUGUCAGAGUAUUUGGGAAAAUUAAUAUUAGUUUUAAUUGUUUUAAAAUAAUGUACUAAAAAUACAAUUAAAAGAAAAAAUAAUUACCGAGUGGGAAAAGUGGUUUAAAAAAGACUGCAUGUAUAAGAAUAAUAAAAAUAAGAAACCAUUUA